AUGUGCUUGCAUAAAUAUUGCAACGGUCUUGCAAUAGCACAACAGCACCGGAUCGUUGCGGUCCUUAUUGAUUCCGCUGAUAUCCACGCCGGCAUAUUUAAUAGUGGUGUUCAAAGUAAAAAUUGGGCGGCUCUGAAAACGUGGCGGGGUCUGAAAUACAACCUUCAUGCUGCACGUGAUACCUCCACCACCCCUGCUGCAAAGUUUAGCGUCAGGUGGGAGACCCGCGAGUUGGAUCGCACCGAUGCCCUUGUACAAUUCCUCGACACUCAUCCUGCUGACUGCUGCAUGCUCUUCAAUGAAUCGAAGAAAUCUCGCGAUCCCGCCAUCAGUGAACCCGAUCCUUCGGGGAGUCAAAAGAAUCACAUCUGGGCGGCGAUAGCUGAAGUUAUCUUCGAGAAGGAUGAGGAGUACAAGGAUGCGUAUGCUGAGGACAAACACAAAUUUACAGUGGCAGUUUCUAAUUGUAUUACGCAUCUCAGGAAUAAAUAUAAAAAACAAUGUGCUCGCUUCCAUCAGACCGGCGCUGGCAUCAAUCCACUUGAUGCUGCUGGUGCACAAAAUCUUCGAGCGCCUACAACGAAUCUACUCUUUACAGCGCCGAAGACGAUUUCAUCUGUGCCGGGUGUUGAUCACGCUGCUAAUAUGGCUGCCCUUACCCAAGGGAAGGGCAAGCAGAUGGUCGCUCAGGCCCCUUCUCCUGACCCCGACAACAUCGUUGGGGACACCGAGAGUGACAUCAUCGACGACAUCUUGGACGAGCCUCUGCUUGCCCAAGGGAAGGGUAAGGAGAAAGCUCUCCCCCCUCCCUGCCCUGAUGAGCCCAUGGACAAGGACCUUAACCCCAAUGACGACCAUACCUUCAUCACCCAACCCGAACCUCCACUCCCCUCUACCCCUCUCAACGAUGCCAAUGAUGAUGGGGAGCCCCGAGACGACAAUUUCGGGCCAUCCAAUCAGGAGGACGAGGACAACGUCCGUCCAACAAGCGCCCUUGCCCAUCCUCACCACCCCCUACGCAUGCUCCUCGUACCCCUAACAACCACUCCCAUGGAAAAUUCCAAACUCAUGUAG